AUAGCAUAGAAUAGCUCAUGCGAAUGAUGCGAUAGCGGGACUGCUUUUGGACCUUCACUCCCGCCCACCAUGGCGUCCAUGCCAGCUCGCCAAGCUCAGCGAAGAGCUUCGCGUCCAGAAGCCCAGCCUCAGAGUCCGACCCAGACGCAAAAUCAGUCGCCUGUGCGCUCUCGAUCUGAAGACUCGCAGACGAUAUUCGUGCAUGACAAGAAUGACGAGGAGGAACGAGAAGACCAAGAGCAGACAGACGAGGCAUCAGUGCAAGUCCAGGCUGCCACAUCGCCCGCCCCGUACAGCCCAGCAGACGACCCAUCAGUCAAGAAGUGUUGGAUAUGCUUUUCAGACGAGACCGAAGACACUCCAGACACAUCGCCUUGGCGAGAUCCGUGUCCAUGUGCUUUGGUCGCGCACGAAGAAUGCCUGUUGGACUGGAUAGCAGAUAUGGAGGCACCCAACAAGACAGAUCGGAGGGCGGGCAUUGCGCCCAGGAUUGAGUGUCCGCAGUGCAAAUCAGAGAUCACGCUUGCAAGACCGCACGAUCUUAUUGUCGAGGCAGUAAGAGGCUUGGAGAGGGUAGGCGCCAGUUUCAUCGUCCCCGCGAGUGGCUCUGCUCUGUUCGCUGCAUUACACACUAUCGGCAUGUCAGUCGGAAUACAUUCGGUAUAUGCCGUAUUUGGCGCUGAAGACGGCUUUCGGAUACUGCGACCACUAUUUGUCAACACCAUCCGGCCGCCUGUCGAGACAUAUCUUGGUCGGCCUGGCGAGGCUUCGGAACAAAUCCUCCGAGUCUUCCUCGACCACGCCGUACACUGGAGGCUAUAUCUCGGCUUACCGUUGAUCACUCCUCUCUUGGUCCUUUCUCGCACGUCAAUCGCAGACAGCAUAUUACCCGUCUUACCCAUAGUCUUCUUCGCUUCGCAAGCACAUUCACCAGACGACGCUCUCGACUUUGCUCAAUGGCCUCCUUCCGCGAGUUUUGCUUUUGCAGUGCUGCCCUACGUGCGGUCGUUGUACAAUGCCUACUACCAGAGAGUAUGGGCGGAGAGGGAAAAGAAGUGGCUCAGGGAAAUCCAGCCGCGCUCGCAGGAACAGAAUGAAGGCAAUGAAGGCGCAGAGCAGCCUGCGCCUGAGCAACCAGGCCAAGAGCAUGUGUUUGAGAUUCAAUUAGAGGGUGGACUUUGGGAUCAAUGGGAUGAGGAAGAAGAGCGACUGGUCCAAGAAGCAGCAGACAGAAACCCGCCUGGUAAUCCUGUGGAACAGGAGCAGCCAGAUCGACUCAUACAGCCUCAAGCCGAGCCUCCUCCAGAUAUCCAGGAUAAUCGACCACAAGUCCAACAAGCCCAACCACAACCAGCAGCUGCCAACGGACCGCAACAGCAAAAUCGAGGAAAUGCCAACGUCCGGCCACGGCUGACCUACUCAUCUUCUGGGAUCGCCCAGACCGUAAUCGGAGCUCUUCUCUUCCCUACGAUAUCUGGUCUCGCUGGCGAAGCCCUGAAGCUUGUAUUGCCGAGAUCAUGGACCGCACCGCCUCCGCAGUUCACGCAGAACGUUUCCGGUCUCACCUUCCGCGGAAAGCCGGCAUCGACAGGCUUCUUGCAAGCCAAGUGGGCACGGAGCUUAGUCGGCGGCUGUCUCUUCGUCGUCUGCAAAGAUGCGUUGAUGCUGUAUGUGAGAUGGAAAAUGGCGCAAAUGCACCGACGGAGGCGGGUCGUAGAUGUGGAUAGGAAGAAGUUGGAGGCUGAGAAGGCCAAGGGCAACGCGAGGACUUGAUUGAUGAGAGGAAAUGUUUGAAAAUUUCAGAAUGCUCUUUUAAGCGUGCAUUGAGACGAGGCGUGAAGGAUAGUUAGUGGUCAGUCGAUUUUUAGCAUCACACUGCUUACAGAAUUCAAUGCC